AUGAAGGGCUUCAAAGACUGGCUUUCUCGGCCAUUUCGUCUCUUACGCAGCCGCCCAUACAACAAGCGACUUUCUGACCUGGAAUUGCUACCGCCUGAACUGCUACUGCAGAUCACAGACUAUUUGGCCAUCGUCGAUACCAUCUGCUUAGGUCUCUGCAGCCGAACACUACAUCACUUCACGACAGGUCUCUGCGACCUGAGCCCAGUGCGGCGCAACAAGUCGUUAGCCCUCGCUGCCCUCAACCGGCUAGUCCGAGACUUCCCUCGGAUGUUCUGUUGCCACUAUUGUGCAAGACUGCAUUCUAUCACAGACGUCCUCCCCCCAGCGACUGAUCAGAUUAUCUUCACAAAAUGCCCGGACCUGGGAGCUCCAUUUCUGUACCGGGGUGAUGGUCCACUGCCUUCGCUAAUGUGGUUCGUUAGGGUCCACUGCCUGCCCAGCGAGUACAGGUUCCAACACUGCCACCUGGCCGCCGUGCUGCAGAACCACUCGUGUGGCGGCCGCUGGGGGAUCAGUUCCGAGUCAUUGGCCUACACCGAGGUGGUUGACUAUCCGGAAGACCCCGCCAGAACGACUUUGUUGUCAGUGGAAGGACGGGUCUACGUGCCUGCUGGGGCUCGCUCGACACCACUAUCGCUAAUUCUGCAGAUACAGCAGUGGGUGCUAUUUCAUGAUGACGACAUCGUCUUCGCCGACUGGGACAAUGAUGUUCCUCUUUCAGUGUUCCAUCGUCUGUUCAUUUGCGGAGGGCAGAAGCUGGGCACUGCGGCGGUAAUGGACGCCAUUCGAUCUGUUGUCCAGCAGCGGGGAUUCUCUUCUCUGGACGAGCAACCGUCUUCCGCUGCGGGAUAUAUGCGGUGCUCACUUUGCGAGGUCGAGUUUCAGAUUUCCCUUGAGGACUGUGGCAAGGAUGGCAAGGCAGUGAUCAUUACCAAAUGGCUAGACCUUGGGGCGGGGAUGGAUCUCGAAGACUCAAAGUGGAAGAAGAAGGCCACUUUCGAUCCCUCUGGGCCUCGCGGAGGGCUUGAUCCAACGAUGGCGAGCUCCGGGGAGGUGCGUCGGUUGUUUUGUGAAAGCUCGGAUCGAGAGAGUGACCCUACACGGCGAAACAAAUCAUACUUAGUUGGGAGGCAAUACCGUCGCACAAUGCGCAAGAGCAGCUGGGAUUUCUUGUACUAUACCCCUCAUCCUAUUGCUCGUCGUGGACGAAGAAUUUGA